CUAAGAGUCUUCUGAGCCUCGCUUUCUCAUAUCUGGGCAGAAAGAGACUUCCAUAUAUUUUUGCCCGAUGGCCAUGAAAGCUGUUAGAGUUCUGCAUUUAUGCUUUCUAUGGCUUCUGGUGUCUGCAAUCUUGCUAAAAUCUGCAAACUGCCAUAGCUGGAAAAAGAAGCUUCCAAAGCCCUGUAGAAAUCUUGUGUUAUAUUUUCAUGAUAUAAUCUACAAUGGCAAAAAUGCAGACAAUGCAACUUCUGCAAUUGUGGCAGCCCCUGAAGGAGCUAAUCUCACAAUUUUGGCUGGUAACAACCACUUUGGAAAUAUUGCUGUAUUUGAUGAUCCUAUUACUCUUGACAACAAUCUUCACUCUCCUCCAGUGGGAAGAGCUCAGGGCUUUUACUUCUAUGACAUGAAGAAUACAUUCAGUUCUUGGCUUGGCUUUACAUUUGUGCUGAAUUCAACAGAUUACAAGGGCACCAUUACUUUCAAUGGAGCAGAUCCAAUUUUGGUUAAGGACAGAGAUAUAUCUGUUGUGGGUGGUACAGGGGAUUUCUUGAUGGCCAGAGGAAUUGCUUCCGUCAAUACUGAUGCAUAUGAGGGAGAUGUUUAUUUUCGUUUAAGGGUGAAUAUCACACUGUAUGACUGCUACUGAACAAUUGCCUUCCUCUGUAUUUCUCUUUUGGAUGAUCUUAAGGAAUAGUUUAUGGCUUCAAUGUUUCUAUAUGUAGAAUGCAGUCUAUUUCAAAUCUAUUGAAAUAUUCUGUUGACUGCUGUUAGUGCUACAUGGGGUUAAUUCAGAUUUUAAGUUUGGUCCGAAUUCAGAAAGAUCGUUCAUGGAAGAUCUCUUUCUAAUAGUUUAUAGCUUCAAUGUCCCUACAUGUAAUAACAUGGACUAUGCAAUCUAUUUUGAAAUCUAUUAAAGAUUCUGUUGGGUGCUGUUAGUUAUAUUUAUGGAUUAAUUGGGAUUUUAAUC